UCAUUCGUUAUCUAGAAUUCGAAGAGCUAACAACAAACUUUACAAUAGUUUCAAGUUACUUAUAAGUUUAAACAAUAGCACAAUAAGACAACUAUACGCGUUGCUAAAGGAUGGCGGGAGCAAAGGGCUCCACCAACCAAACGGGCUUGUUGCUGAUGCAACUGCUGCAGGGCAUCAAUAAGCCUGUUAGCUACGAAUCGAUUAUGGUCAGCAUGGAGGAAGCAAUUAAGCAGCCGCUCGAUCCUCAGAUGAGGCACACCGUGAAUGCUACACUGGAAAUGGGCGUUCGCUUGGGCUUCCUGCAUCGCAAUGGCAACUGCUUUUAUGUGGCGCCUCUCACACACGAUGCGACCAUUCAGGUGUUGGAUAAAGAGCUCCUAGAGGCUCUGCCCUCACAGGCUCCGUUCAUGAGCAGCUUGUCCAUAGCAGGCAGUCAACGUAGCAAGAUAGUGGCGACCAGCGGCAAGCUGGCUCCGCCAAAGAAACGGCCCGUGCGCCGCGCCAAAACGAAAGUAUUUGCCGAGCCAAGCAUUAACAUUCUGCCUUCUGCCUCUUCACAAGGAGAUGUAAUCGAUCUAACCAAGAGUCAUGCCUCUGUGAAGUCGAGAGCUAAGAAUUGUGCCUGUUGCCUGUACUGUGGCUUCAAGCAUUCGCCCAAGCUAUCGGCUAUUCGAACAAGGAAGCCCCGGGGCCGGAAAGCUGCCAUGCACAAAUCCUAGUCUUCAACGUAUUUUUAAACGACACUUUUACUAUAUUUUGUUCUCUAUUUUGCAAACUUAACACUUAGUCCCACUUCCCAAUACACACACACAUACACACAACGCUUACGUCAGCAUCAUCAAGGCUUAGCACUGUCAUUAGGGAGUCGCCAUUUUCCUUAGAUUAUCUACCGAUUUGCGAAACAACAAUUGCGAUCACAAAUUCUAAAUGCAAUUUUCGGAUCAGCUCUUUCUGUUUUAAAAUUAAAAUGUAAUCAAAAUUAUGGUAAUAUUUUUGGAUAAAGAAAAAGGAAAACCAA